AUGAAAUUCACCAGUUUGCUUCUGCUACCCUUGUUGCGUAUCACCGUUGGCCAACUCAUCGGCCCCGUGGGUCCAACAACCGACCUUUAUGAUAAGACAGUCGAAUGCAACAUCCUUGAUUAUGGCGCUGUAGCUGAUAACAAGACCGACAUAUCCACUGCACUAGAGACAGUUUUCUCGGAAUGUGUUCGCAAACAUCCGGGUAGCCGAUUAAUUGUACCCGAAGGAGAGUAUUUGAUCGAGCGAGGUGUGACUCUCAGCAAUGGCACAAAUUGGGCAUUCCAGUUGGAUGGUCUGAUCACAGCUGCAUAUGGCGGCGACUGGAAUAUCGCGCGUGAGUUGAUACUCCAAGGGUUUGCAGGCACAGAGAUUAUCAAUGCAACCAUCAACGGGGAGGGUGAUUCUAAAUUUUUAUUAGAUGUGCUCGUCAUUGUCAAUGCUGUGGAUUUCGAGUUCUAUUCUUCCAAUGGCAAAGGUGCCUUUCAAGGACAGGGUUAUCUCUACCGAAAUCUCAACAACACGGAUCGCCCGCGCUUGGUGCGUUUGAUCUCUCCGACCAACGCCUCAGUGCAUGACUUGAUUCUAGUCGACAGCCCCAAGUUUCACAUUAUCUUGGAUUUUGCCGUGAAUGUUGAAGCCUACCAUUUAACCAUCCGGGGAGGAAACCUGGGCAGUUAUGAUGGAAUUGAUGCCAUUGGAACAAACUAUUGGAUUCACGACAAUGAGGUUACCAAUCGGGACGAAUGUGUUUCCGUGAAAAGUCCUUCUCAUCAUGCUUUGGUUGAGAACCUGGUGUGCAAUCAAGCAGGCUCUGGUAUAUCCAUUGGCAGUCUGAAUGUAUCUGCUGAAAUAUCCAACAUCGAAGCACGCAAUAUCAGCAUUAUCCAAGGCAACAACAUAGCCUUCAUCAAAACAUAUCCUGGUGGAUCCGGCUACGUUACAAACAUCACUUUUUCGAAUUUCCGCUCUCUGGGGAGUCUUUAUGGCUUGGAUAUCAACCAAUACUGGCAGAAUACGUUUGAGCCCGACACCGGUGCUGUUACAUUGAGUAACCUGGUUUUCCGGAAUUUCUCUGGCUCUGUUGCCGAUGGAGUGAAGCGUCCUCCACUUUACCUCAUCGCGAAUGAUCUCACAUACGCUACUAAUGUCACUGUCGAAGAUUUCACCGUGUGGACAGAACAGGGUACUUCGGUUGUGAACAAGAUCAGCAAUAUCUUUGGCAAUGGGGAUGAUAGCUACGGGUCAAAUAAUGGUAUCAAGUCUCUCGGUGAAGGAGAAUCGCCCUCACCUUAUACCAGCACCUACACCAUUACAGCAUCUCCAACUGACUGGCAGGCCCCCACAACUCCUACGUGGGCUGUUCCUAGUACGGGUUAUGGAACGGCAUCUCCUAUUCCGGUCUAUACUCCAGCUCCUCUGUGGCGCCCAGGUGGUGUGGAUUAUGAUUUGCAUUACUGGGGAAGCUUCUAG